ACAAAUCACAAUCCUUCUCUCUCUCUCUCUCUCUCUCUCUCUCUCUCUCAAUUAGACAAAAAAAAAGGGUUCUUCUCUUCCGACCGGCCUCGCUGCUCAUUCAUUCAAGUUCUCUGAGAAUCUCCGUACACCUUGUUUCUUUGUGAUUUGCAAAAACAGUCAACAAUGGUGGAGCGUGGGAAGAGGAAUCAUAACCGUUUUAGAGAUAGUAACAAUGAGAACAACAGGAAUCAAAAGAGACGUCUUUCUUAUGAAUCCGAAGAGAAGAUGGAUAACAAAGACGAUCUCAUUGUUGUUUACAGAAUCUUGUGUCCUAGUGGAGUCAUUGGUAGUGUUAUAGGCAAAAGUGGCAAAGUUAUCAACUUGAUUAGGCAAGAAACUAGAGCUAGGAUCAAAGUUGUUGAUCCUUUUCCAGGUUGUAGCGAAAGAGUCAUUACCAUUUUUUGCUCUGUUACUGAGAAGAAAGACAUUGUCGACAUUGAGAAUAGCGAAUUGAAUUACACCGUUCCUUUGUGUUCUGCUCAAGAUGCUCUUCUUAAAGUCCAUGAUGCUAUUGUGGCUUCUUUAGCCACUGCUGCUGACAACACUAAGAUAGAUAGAGAUGAUAUCAGAGAAUGUCGCGUUUUGGUUCCCUCUAGUCAAUGUUCUAAUGUGAUUGGUAAAGCUGGUUCGAUUAUUAAGAAGAUUAGAAGUAGAACUAGAGCUAACGUUAAGAUUGUCUCUAAAAAUGUUUCUGAUCCUUCACACACUUGUGCAAUGGAUUUUGACAACAUUGUUUUGAUAUCUGGUGAGUCUGAAUCAGUGAAGAAGGCACUUUUUGCUGUUUCUGCAAUCAUGUACAAAGUCAGUCCUCGAGAACAGAUUCCUCUGGAUACAACUGUCCAAGAAGUUCCCGCUAGUAUUAUAAUUCCUUCAGAGCUAUCUGUCUAUCCACAAGCCGGUUUAUACCCAAAUCAGGAUCCUAUUUUCCAACAUGGGGCCAACGUUUCAUCAUUCAUGGGUUAUGGAGACAAUGCUGCAAAUCCAAUGCCGGUUUUUUCUGCUUCUGUGGUUCAUGGUGGUUUUGGCGGGUCUUCAAGAUCUGAGAAUUUGGUUAUAAAAGUUAUGUGCUCGUCUUCCAAAAUCGGCCGUGUUAUAGGGAAAGGAGGAUCAACCAUUAAGGGGAUAAGACAAGCAAGCGGGUCUCAUAUCGAGGUUAAUGACUCGAGGUCAAAUCAUGAUGAAGACUGUGUUAUCACUGUCACUGCUACAGAGUCUCCUGAUGAUUUGAAGUCUAUGGCGGUUGAAGCUGUUCUUCUACUUCAAGAGAAAAUCAACGAUGAAGACGAGGACAAAGUUAAAAUGCAACUCCUUGUAGCUUCUAAAGUAAUAGGAUGCAUUAUAGGGAAGAGUGGCUCAAUCAUUAGCGAAAUCAGGAAAAGGACAAAGGCUGAUAUUCACAUUUCAAAAGGGAGUAAUAAGCCUAAGUGUGCUGAUCCUAAUGAUGAGCUCGUUGAGAUAUCAGGUGAAGUAAGCUGUGUGAGAGAUGCUCUUAUUCAGUUAGUUCUGAGGCUGCGAGAUGAUGUUUUAAGAGAUAGAGAGAUUGGUUCCAGGAAUCAACCGCCUCCUGCAAGAUCUGAGAAUAAUAAUUUCUUCUCUUCGGGUAGUAGCAAUACUGGUGUAGCAGUUCCUCCAUCUUUCAUGUCUUCUGUUCCGGCUACUGUAGAUUUUGAUAGGAGACCAGAAACCAGGAGCAGCAUGAGUAUGCUUCCUUCUAGCGGUGGACUCUAUGGUUAUGGAAGUUUUCCGAUGGGCAAUAACAGUUACGGAUCCAACUCUUACUCAUCCAAUCUAUAUGGAGGAUUGCCUCAAUCUACUACUAUGGAGGUUCGAAUUCCUGCAAGUGCGGUGGGUAAAGUUAUGGGCAGAGGAGGAGGCAACUUGGAUAACAUAAGAAGGAUAUCAGGAGCUUUGAUAGAAAUUUCUGAUUCCAAUAAUUCCCAUGGCGGUCGCAUUGCUCUCAUUUCCGGAACACCUGAACAGAAGCGUACCGCAGAGAACUUGUUCCAAGCUUUUAUCAUGUCCACUUGAAUUGUUUGCUCUGCCUCAAAAAUCCUUUUCCAUGGAAGUGUGUUCCAUCUCUCUAGCUAUCAGUGGAUUUCUUUGGUCUCGGGUUCUCAGGCUUUUCUCCUUCUUCUAUCAAGUUCAUGUUUAAACAUGGUUACAUCUCUCUCCAACUUUUCAGUAUCUUUGUCUCCAUUAGGUAACUUUUGGUUUCUCGUGCUAGACAUCUUACAGUCUGUCAGGAUCAUUCUUUCUCCCUUUCCUUGCGAGCUGUUCGUAUGAUAAAUGCUUAUCUCUCUGUGCAAUAAAACAAAAGCGUUCUUAUAUCAAUCAAACUUUGCUUAUUCUCCAUAUAUGAAUCAGGUCUGCUUUGUGCUUUUUCCAAAGCAGUCCUUUCAUUUAGGUGGUAGUUUACCAACUCGUCACAUCCCAUAUCUCAGCUUCGUCAUAUGUGAUGCCAAAUCGUACUCAUCACAUCAUAGUUCUUGGUGCUUCUGAGAAAUUUCUGCAGUGAACAACAGUAACUUAUUAGCGCCUAGUGAUCUUCGAGAACAGUAGCCUUUAGAUAUCUUCUUGUUAAUGCUCGUAAUGUUUUCUGCUUCUUAGAAGUUUUACCUUUUUAGUGCUCUGAUUAAGUGAUUAUCCGUGGGUUUAUCAGUAAGGAAACUUCUCAUUCUUGCUGAUCAUCCCUAAGACUGUUUUGAUUUUACAUUCUUUAGGUAGAAUUCCACCGAUUGAUUUUUGUUAUAUAUACCUCUGUUACCAUUUCUGAUGUAUUCUUUUCCCAGAUAAUCCCCCUGGAACUCUGAUCAUCUAUGUUUUCAUCUCAUAUUAACUUAAAUCUUGAUCUUAUAUUGCUUGUAGCUAACAUACUAGGUUGUCAGUACAUAAAGCUUUUAUGAAUGUGGUGUGUGUUUUCGAUUUAGCAUAUACGGGUCUUGUCACUCUGCGCUGGCAUUUUACCAUUCUCACAUUCUAGGUUGUCACUCUAGGAUCUUAGCAUUUUAAAUCUGCAACACCAAAAGAUUUUCUGAUUCUGCUAGCGUGAUCAAAUCGGAAUGACGAUUAUCUGAUAAACCUGGAGUUCCACAACACUUCUAGGUUUUCAAAAACCCGCUACACUUGAAGCUUUCUGAUUCUGCUAUCGUCUGUGGUCUGAUUAGUUUGGCCUGACAUAUAUGUGAUAAACCUGGGGUUGCUAGGUUGUUAGAAACCCGCCACACUUUGUUUUUUUUGUUUUUGGGAUUUGAUAAAAUUUCCGAUAAGCCUGUCCCUCUCAACACAUCCUGGUAGACAAGUUUGUUCACCCUUUGUUCGCUCAAUCUAAACAGGUAUUUAGUCUUUACGCAGUUCCUUUUUCGCAAAAACGGGGUUUCCCGAAUGUGAUGUAUAGUUUAGUUCUUGGCAAUUAUGAAGUCUUGUUCAUCAUUUGAUCAGAGGCGAUUUGAGGAUAAGUUUCUUAGAACAAGAUAGAUGUUGAUGACCCAUUUGGAAGGUUUUUUGUAUAUAAUGGAUAU